UACAAUUUCUUGACGAGCAUUUCCAAUGAAGAAUCGCCCACAAGACUCAUUUGAAUAUUUUUAGAGAUUAUUUUAUGGGGCUGUUAAAAUGCAAUAUACAGGAAUUUUAGAUCUUACUCUAAUUAAAUAUGCGAUGAAUAUUAAAAGAAAAUGUCCAGAUGCCACGCAUUUCAGGACGCAGUAAACCCCCCCAACACUAAACGUUGUUUCAAAAUAAGCAAACUUGAUGUUAACGUUCCCUCGCGGUGUGCUGUUCCGAGUUCAUGGCGUUCUCUGCGUGCUCUACAUUGGAGAUCUGUGUGGCGAGACGUAGAGGCAUGGCCUACUUUUUGCGCACGUAUGGAAACGAGGCGGUGGCUCUAGCUGUUGCUGUGCCAGCCUAUGCGCAAAUACAUCUCGACGCUGGAUAGGUCUCCUGGCAUUGAGGCUGCGCCUGUGAUGAUCAUGCGAUUGAGUGACGAUGGGGAGUCAUGUCUAGUCUAUGCAUGAUCAGUGGCUCUGCGCUCCGGAUCCCGCUGGAAAAAGAGUUCGCGCUCGAUGGCUCUGCGAUCGACUUCGCGCCUAUGCCUACAAUGAAUGGCUGUUUCCAGCGCGAGACAGACGAGGCGAGAGAGUGAAGGAGAGCGAGCGCGGCGGACUCCAUUGAAACACUUUGAAACGGCCUCCAGCUAGGGAUUUCUCUGGUGGUGCUGGCCAUAGCGCCAUGGCUCAGACCCUUCAGAUGGCGAUCCCAAACUUCGGCAACAAUGUCCUGGAGUGUUUGAACGAGCAGCGGCUACAGGGCCUGUACUGCGACGUGUCCGUGGUGGUGAAAGGACACACCUUUAAAGCUCACCGCGCCGUGCUGGCAGCCAGCAGCUCCUACUUCCGUGACCUUUUCAACAGCAGCGCGGGCAGCAAAACCCCUACGGUGGUGGAGUUGCCCCCGGCCGUACAGCCGCAGAGCUUUCAGCAGAUCCUGGCUUUCUGCUACACCGGCCGUCUCAGCAUGAACGUCGGAGACCAGUUUCUGCUCAUGUACACGGCUGGCUUUCUCCAGAUCCAGCAGAUCAUGGAGAAGGGCACAGAGUUCUUCUUGAAGGUCAGCUCGCCCAGCUGCGACUCGCAGGGCCUCCACACCGAAGAAACUCCUCCAUCGGAGCCUCAGAGUCCCGUCACCCAGACGGCAGCAGGGGCCUCGGCAAACGGAGGCGGCUCAGCCAGUCGGCCCACUUCCUGCUUGACCCCGUUGCCCCUGGUGUCUCGGGUGAAGACGGAGCAACCGGAGGCUUCGCCCUAUUCUGUGGUGUGCGCGCCGGUGGCCAAGCGGCUCUGGGAAGGAAGCAAUCGGGAAGGUGGCGGAGGCUCGGGAACAGCCGGAGGAGGAGGGAUGAGGAAGGCCGCCCGCUUUUCCCAAGAGAUGGCACGUGGAAGCGCCAUCCAGCAGCAAAGUAGCAUGGGACUUGGUAUGGGUCUAGGAAUGGGUCAGGGGGGUCACAGUAGCGGCGGCAGCACCAAUGGCAACGGCACGAGCAGUGCCACUCCUGAAGGCACCAGCCCCGGUACAUUGAGUGCCUACGCCAGCGAUUCCCCCAUCUCUUACCAUGACGACGAGGAAGAGGAAGAGGUGGUGGAUGAUGGCACUGAAGAGCAGUACAGGCAGAUCUGCAACAUGUACACCAUGUACAGCAUGUUAAACGUGGGAGCUACAGCGGGGGAGCGUGUGGAGGCCCUCCCGGACCACUCAGAGACGCGGCCGAGGAUGCGCGGCCGACAGGAUCUCGCCUCUCUCCCUGCCGAGCUCAUCGCUCAGAUCGGCAACCGCUGUCAUCCCAAACUUUACGAGGAAGGUGACCCUGCAGAGAAACUGGAGCUAGUUUCAGGCACCAGUGUGUACAUUUCACGAGCUCAGCUGAUGAACUGUCACGUCAGUGCAGGGACCAGGCACAAAGUCCUUCUGAGGAGAUUGCUGGCUGCUUUCUUCGAUAGGAGCACUCUGGCCAACAGUUGUGGAACUGGCAUCCGUUCCUCCACCAAUGACCCCAGCCGCAAGCCGCUGGACAGCCGUGUGUUGCACGCUGUCAAGUUUUACUGCCAGAACUUCGCCACCAGCUUUAAAGAGAGCGAGAUGAACGCCAUUGCGGCGGACAUGUGCACUAACGCUCGGCGUGUGGUGAGGAAGAGCUGGAUCCCCAAGCUGAAGCUACUGAUGGCGGAGGGCGACGCCUAUGCCAAUUUCCUUCCCGACAGCAUCAAGAUGGAAGCGGACGGCCUCAGCGGCGAGCCUACCUUUGAGACCGCAAGCCUGGAGGGCGGCGCUUCGGUGGAGACCGGAGGAUCCUCGGGCGAGUCUCUGCAGGGUGUGGGCGGAGACAACGGCACUUUGUUUCAGUGAGCGACCUGGCGAGGAAAGCCCUGCCCCAUCCCCUCUGCCGCCCCACCUCCUUACUGCCUCCCACCCCGCUGCGUGACUCUGGGCUCUGCUGCUUUUGCCUGGGAUGGGAAAGGGAGAGUCGGGUAGGAGAUUGGAGAUAGCACGGUCUAGUGUCGGGAGGAACUCGGUGGGGUUUUUACCAGGGGCGCUAUUUUCUUUUCAAUCAUUUUUGUUUUUGCUGAAUAACCCUCUUUUGCACAGAAGAUCCCCUUUGCCUCCAUGCUCAGCAAGUAAAUCUAGUCACCGAUGCUAUAGGAAUACAUAAUUAGGAGCAGGAAAAGUUAUUGCGACUGGAGGCCCGAUGUUCCCUGAUCUCACUCUACUGAAUUUGAAUGUAUUAGUUUGUAGCUACCUGGCUAUGUCGGACUAGCCGAUUGUAUUUGGCCCAGGAGAGAGACAGGAAAAAUGCUUGUCAUAAGAUCUAAAGGAACAGCAGAUGGAGAAAGUAGUGAGGGAGGAGAGGAGAGGAGAAGUAGGUGGCAUAUUCUGUCUCUCGCUCUGUCUAAAAUGGAAAGAAUCUGAUAUCCUCCUCUCCUUCCAUUCCUCCCAAAAUAUAUGUGGGAUCUUAGUCUGCCACGUUCUUUGUUUUUUUAUGUCGCCAUUUUCUCCUUUCCCCUUGUACUUGUUCCACUGUGUGUGAUUUGUAUGAAUUCAGAGUUGAUUAAGGACUGUAAAGGAUAAAAAUAUAUUUAUCUGCUCACACCAUUUGAGCUUGAGAGAGAGAGGGAUUGUUUUAAAAUCUUUAUUUUUUAUUUUUUCCCCCUCAAGAGACACCUUGUUAUUGGGCUUUAAAUGGGAAUAUUGAGAAUAAUGAGGAAUAUUUUUGCAUAAGGAUUAUCUUACAUUUUUAAGAAUGGUGCUUGGCUUUUAUCUGGAUUACCAUCGUUUCUGUAGCAGAAUUCGUUUGGCUGUUUUGAACAGUGACGCAAUUAAUACGGUAAUUUCAACCCCGCUGACGUUGCGUUUGCACAACAACAGUUGAAGCAUUCUUUAAAAUAACAUGAGGGUGAGUAAAUGAUGACAGAAAUGGAUGAACUAUCCCCUGAACAGAAGAGAAAAAUUGUGUUGGACAUAAAAACUGCGUGUAAACCUUUUAGCUUUCUUCCCCCAUUAUCGCACACAAACAUGCUUUUACAGCCCAGGGGGAAGGAGGUUGUGCGUCUUAUUGUUAGUCACUUUACUGUCUUAAGGUUUGGGCCUGACUUUGUGUGUGUUUGGGAGUGGAGGAGGGUUUACAUUGCCUGUGUCCCAGGAGAGGAGGAGCAGAAUGAUUAAGUCUCUCCAUGUUGCCCAUGUCCCUGUUUGGGCAGCUGUGUGUGUGUGUGUGUGUGUGCUCGCUUAGGCAAGCAUGUGUGUGUCCACACAAGUCACCAUCUGUAUACAUUCCUUGCACAUAGUUGGCACUGUGUAUUUGCAUGUGGGUGAUGUGUUGAUUCUGGGAUUUAGGGUGUUUGUUUCCGCGUUUAUGCAUCGGAGGCUUCUUCGGAUGUCUGAAGGCUUGCCGUAACCCAUGAACUUUUGCAUAAUCCAGAUUUCCAUCAGGAUUUGAAUGGGAUUGCAUGUGAUGUCUUAAUGUGCACUCAGGCAUGGGUUUUAUAUGCACAUGCCGCGCAUAAACAGAAAUACGAUACUUAAGGCGAUUUUAAUAUUUCACGCCCGAAUUGGGAGGCCGUGCGUGUUUGUAAUAAGUGAUGUUUUUAUCUCCUGGGACACAUACAGUAGCCGCCCCCUUUCUGAAGAAAUGGAACUCUUUGCACCUUUUCGUAGACUGAACUAGAGCCUUUUGCACCUUUUUGUAGAGGAGAGUGGUGGAUUGUGCACCUUUUUUUGUAGAGCGUAAUCGAUGGUUUUUGGACUAAACUUCAUGGAUGUGUAUGUGUCGGUAUCUGGCCCAUAACAGGAUGCACCCCUGUGUCUGCGGCCGGCCAUGUUGAAUACUGAUGUAAAUAUCGAAGAGACUGUUGAACAGAUUUUGACCGCGUUUUUAACAGGUCGUUUUAAUGGAAGGCUUACAUUAGGUCUUUCACCCCUCUUGUUUUAGCUCAAAAUGUUUUCUUUUAUUUGCAUAACCAAGUCUGGCUUACCUGCUGUUUGUAUAUCUGGAAAUUCUUGUUUUGUUUUCAUGCUUUAGAGUCAUAGCAAAUAAAGUGAACUCCUGGUAAGUUUAUGUCUUAAAUGCAGUCUGGUUCUGGUCUGACCGGUGACCUAUUUUUUUCUUUUUCUUUUGGACCAGAAGACAAUAAUGACUCUAGUGUAGAAAUGUAUAACAUCCUGCGAAAUCAACACCUGGGAAUGUGCAUGUGUUCAUUUCUCCAUUCUUUUAGCAGACCACGUGUACUGUAUUUACUUUUCAACUACUACUAAUUCAAGGUGAAGAGUUGACUUGCCAAGUUUUUUAAGGAUACAAUAUAGAGUUGUUUGACUGAAGAUAGAGUACUGAGUAUUUUUUUUUUUAAUUUUAUUUCUUUUUAUCGACUAAAGUGCUGGGAGGGUGGGGGCACGGUGAGGGAUGAACUGGUGCUAUGUGUGCUAUUCUUUAGAUGUUAAAGGCCUGCUGGGUCACUGGUGCCUUUUCAGGAGGACUGCGAGAGACGGACUGCGUGUGUAUCUGGGUAGGACAUGGAGUGGCGGCGCUCCUCUCUCUCCUCUCGCCGGCUAUGACUGUGCCAGUGUUUAUGCGUCCUCCAUUUUGAUGGCACAGAUCACAUAUGCUGCAUGCGUCGCUGGAGAGGAACCGCUGUGUCCAUGCGCCACCUGCUGUCUGUGUGUUGUUACUGCGGCUUGAAUUUACUACUUAGUCAACACCAGGGGGUGUCAUAACUGAGAAAGAUGACUUUUAGUGGCCACGAAAGAUGGCUUUUCUCCUUCUGGGAAGUUGAAGGUGACGUGUGUAAUUUUUUUUCAAUGUUAAAAUGCUAAAAGUAAGCCAUUUGAUGGUUGAUCUUUCGCGAAGGGUGUAACACUGUGGCGCUAUCAAAAAGUUGCUCUGUUUGUUUGAGCAUCACAACCAGCCCGGAAGAGGCUGAAAUCAUUGUUUUUGUGAAUUAGUUUCAAGUUACACAUUUCACCUUUAAAGAUUUAUUAUUAUUUAGGAAAAUCGUACGUCUCGCCUGGUAUGAAAGGUUUCUUAAGGCAAGUAUAUAGAGGGAAUGAAGGGACCAGUGUUAAUCAAAAAAAAAGGCCAGGAUGUCCAUAUCACGUUGCCUAUCUGUCUGCUCUCUGUGCCCGAGUAAAGCACCUUUUUCUGGGGUUCGCGUUCAUAGACGUGCUCCUCGGCACCUUGCAAUUCAGUCUGACUGUGUCACGGAGCACAGAGCAGUUCGAUGGCAGACGCCUGUGAAGGUGGAGAAAGCGCGUGAAAGUUUAACUGCCCAUAAGUCUUGUCAUUCUUCCUUGUAACACAGUUUGUUGGAGUACUGUACAUUGUAGAUCAUUGUGAAUUUGUAACCUGGUGGAUCGCUGACCGCUUGCAAGAGAGAGUAUGGAGUGGUGUAUUAAAAAUUGAACUCUUUUAUAAAUAGUGACUGUCUUCUCUGCAAAGGCAGAAACCGGACCCGUCUGUUUUGAAGCAAUGGACUCGCUGCAUUUUGCAGGUUUUCCUUUAGCUUGCAGGGUUUUUUUUUGUUUUUUUUUUGGUCAGUCUAAGCCUCUUUACCCAGAAUGCAGCAUUGCUAUAUUCCACUCUAAAUAACAGACAUACCACAAAAAGAUGCUCACCUCUUUCUCUGCGUGUUGCGUUCUCUUCCAGCACACCCCAACACUCUGCUUUCAGUCUUUUCCCUGAAAUGAGAUGGAUUAUAACCCAACUUUGCAAAUGUUUUGGUAAAGUAACGUGUGACAGCUCGGCAAAUUGAUGUCCGGACAUGGUAUCACGAAUUACAGAGAAAUACAGACAGGAUGGGUGAUGACAUCAGCUCGCUUGAACACUCAAAACAACAAACACAGGUUGUGAACUUCUUUUUUUACGAUGCAGUGUCUCACUUUCUAUGACUACAUCCCUAUACAAAUCUAUAUACUGUAUAUUACAUAGAAGCACUAAUGAAGUUUGAUUGUUAGUCGUGCACUCUCAGCAUGAGUUGUAACCCAUACCCAGCUGUGCUCACGCACUGACCCUGUAACGCCAGUGCUCAUCCACUCCAUUCUGUCUGUGUUCAAAGUGCCAAUAACUUUGUGAAUCCCUAACUGUGACCCAAUAUUAUCAAAAGUAAUUGCACAUUAACUACUGUAAAAAUGAGUAAGAGAAAAGUCAAAGGAUACAGCUGAAUAUCUUAAUAAAAGUUUGUAACAAAGA